AUGAAAAAUUAUUUUUUUAUUUUUGACAAUUUUUUAAAUAGCUAUCCUUUAAAAUUAUUUUUCAGCAACUUACGUUAUGAUAAGUUUUCAAAAACAUUAAUCGAAAAUGUAACAAAAACCGGAACAUUUUUCAGAACAAUGUUGCCAGUAUUUAUUCCACUAUGUAUAUAUCAGUAUAUAAGACAAGUCGAUAGAGAUCGUUAUGCCGAAGAAAUUUUUUAUGAAUAUUCAAAAAGUGAUAAUUUGAAAAGCUUUUAUGAUUCGUCGACAAAAUAUAAAAAUAUAAAAAACUGGAGAAUACAAUAUGAUUUAUAUUUAAUUGAUCAAGCUGUUAAUUCGUAG